UCCAAAGAAGACAAGCCGCUACAGUUACAGUUUGGCUGCUGCUACAAGGUUGUGUCGUGCUAUAGCCUAGUUAUAAUCAAAGCAAACAUUCUAAAAGCACAUUAUUGCGUGCCGAUCUUAUGCGACAAAACCGCGCUGGGUAAUAUUGUGUUUUAAUUGCAUUGCAUCGCAUCUUUAGAUUGGCCUACCCUGCUACGUGAAGAAAAGCCUAGCAUAGGCUAACGAUAAGCAUAUUGAUAUCAAUGCACAGCCAGUGCCGUAAACUUUGUCACAUAUUCCCUCCCUGGUGCAAUGUCCACCUCUUUCUUAUUGAGAAACGGUAAGAGGGUGUUUUCGGUCAUCGGCGGAGGAUGCAGAGGAACCGACGCACUUUCUAGAGUUCAUUUCGUAUCGCGGCGCUUCAUUAUAGAUUUGUCAUACUCUACGCACUUCAUGGAUUUUAAAGGUUCCUCGAUACCGAGCUCCAUGAAAAAGCUGGUCGUAACGAAGCUUAGCCAGAAUUUCAGAGACGCCGUUGCCUUGCAAACUGUUCCAGUCCCGACACCUGGCGACGGGGACUUGCUUGUCAGAAAUCGGUAAGUUUUGGUUAGAAAUUGGAUACAGAAGGUUCCCAUUUUCCGCGGGUGCGUAGCCUAUAGCCUAUGGAUAGACUAUUCCAAUAUUGGGCACAUUUUGGAGCAAUUAUCUUUAAUAAACUAUUUGGUAUUGUUUUGAAGUUAUGAAAGUGUCUCUUACCUCGGUUAGAAUCGCUUUAUCCAUCCCCAUCGAUACUAGUAGCCUACUUGCGACCAUUUCAGGAGCGAGCAAAAUACGGGAGGAAUAUUUCCAAGUUCCGCCCCUACAUUUGUCUAUCAAUCCAUCUCGGCAUCUCGCUCUGUCCUGUCUCCUUACGUCACGAACCUGCAAACAGAAAGUCAUGGGGGGGGUAGUAAAGACUCGCACGAAUAGAUGAGGAGAUGGAGAAGCAGCUUUGCAUGGCAUUUGGGGCUGCGGCAGGAUCAUCAUUUUCCGCUGCAUAAAACCAAUGCAUCAAAGCAAGAUAUUUACAAAUGUUGAUUAAAUUAACAGGUUACUGUAACAGAGCAGGAAUGUAGGCAACUUAAUCUAACUGGUUAUUUUCUACAAUUUAAGUCAAAGAGAUAUUAAAAUGCCGGUCAAUGCUCGUAUAGCCUAUUAGAGCGCAAUUGAUCAGUGAAAUAAAGGCAGGGUCUUGCGUUAUGGUUUAGAGACCAAGGACAUAGUAGCAUAAUCUAAAGAUCAAAUAGCUUUUAACAUUUACAUAAAUUGUCAUAUGUAGCCUAAACCUUUUUCCACAGGUUUGUUUUGUGUGCGUAAUUUUGUAUGCGUAAUUUAGGGAAUAAAUAAAAAUGGUAUUGUCUUGUAUGUCAUUUCUAACUUGAAAAUCGUGGAACAUUGAAUUGUAAAUCCAAUUUGCCAUGGAGAGGUAGCCUAUCUCUCAUCUUGGAAAAAAUAAAGAACUGUUGAUGCAGUGGUAGGUUAGGUGCUUUGCCCUCUCCGCCUCCCAAAACCUUGAAUUGUAGAUUGAAAUAGAUUGAAAUGUAUGGCAUCAAAUAUUGUUCUAUAUUUUUAUGUAGGCCUAUGCCCUCAUACUUUUUAACAAUUCUUUGUGUGUUGUCUGUAAUGAAUCCCCAUCAUAUGAGUUGGCCUGGAAAAUUACAACAUUUAGCUAUUCAUCAGCUGUGGUCCUGCUGCUAACAACUAGGCCUCACAAGCACCUGCAACUGAAAAAAUAAGUUAAAGGGCCUAGUUAUCAAGGCAUAUUUCUUGGUAUGGCUUAUUAUUUAUUUGUUAAUAACUACAUCAGAAAGGCCAAUUCUAUGGUCUCAAUGCAGAGCUCGGAAUUAGCAGAAAUGUCUGUGAUGUCGCAUUUAGGCCUAUGUCGGCCUUGUAUGGUAUAAGGCCUGCUUGGUUACAUUCUCUGAGGCGGAAAGACAGUUGCACAACAUAGCCUACUGUAGUCAAAGGUCAUUUAAUUGCACAUAUAGCCUAUUGGCCAUUAUCAUUUCCGUAGGCUAUUGAUGACCCACGACUUUGGAAACUCUGAUUUACGCAUUAAUUAGGCUGGACUUUAUAUAUUAGAUAGUGUAGGCUGUAAUAUAAAAUGCACAUAGCUGCAAACCACAGGCGAAACAAGCUUGAUUUAGAAAUUGAGUGGGUCAGCUCCACUGCUAAGGUAAUUGCACAAAAGAGGAACCAUUAGUGAUAGUUAAACGUAAUAUCAGAUAAUGUAUUGACGUGGAUAAUGCUUUUAGGUAAACAUUAUUGUAGUUGUGUGGCAUGUCUAUGGACAGGACAUGGCUGGACCACUUUUUGGCCUCUGCAAUGCUUUGGUUCACAAUGCAAUUGUGUAUCAGGAAAAUGUUAUUUUAUUUUAUUUUAUGCAUUAUUAACCAGAAUUAGUUUUACUAAUUUUGAGUUUAAAUUGAGAUAUGCAUUAUUAUCGUGUUUCAGUGACCCAGAUUCUUGUGCAUUCAAAGUUGCACAUUUUGAAAAAUCAAGCAUCUUUAAGAAUAUCAGGCCCAAUCCUGGCCAGAGAUCCCAGUUCACUUUAGUUUUGACCUUUGAACUUGCUCUUCUUUAAUGCAUGGUGUUUCAGUACUGUUGGUCCAUUAUGAGAGAUUCAGGUUCAAAUCUUUACUGGUACGGCAGAAUUCAGAAGGGCUGCAAAGAAAGAGCGAUUUGAAAAGUAUAGUCAAACCUAGAUGUUUUCAUAUAUUUAAUUGGAGCCAUUUAUUUGUAACUAAACCGGGCUGGUACAUUUAAGUGCUCAAAAUGCACAUGACAUGCACAAUGAUGAGUCGCAGUGAGGGUUCUUCUGGAGGAUAGAACAUUAUUUAUUUAUUUAUACAUUUCUUUCACACCAGGAUUUUUUUCUCUCCAUGUCAUCAACUGAGAUGAAAACAGUUGUCUUUUUUCAAGUCGAGACAAAUGAAAUAUACAAGAUUUAAAAGUGCAGUUUGUUCUUGUGUGUCUCUCAAGACAAUGAAUCAUGACAUCAUGCAAUGUGUUUUGUGAUACAAACCUUGUCCUGUCAGUGUAGGGUGGGUGGGUGUUUUUUCAAGACAAAUGGAAUCAUUGCCAAAACAAACCAAUGUUUCCUUCCCGAACGAUGUCACAGAUGUUUUCUAGAGAAUGUAACUGAAAUGUUGACCUUCGCAGACAUUACUGUAGGCAUUCUGAAGUGCUCCUCUUAGGAUAUCUUAAAAUAUGCAUAACAAUAAUGUUAUUAUAACAUAGGCUAUUAUCAUGUUAUUAUCUAAAUUCCCACUAAAGAACAUCACCAAAGUAUCCUAUACUGACGUUAAUUCAUUUGAAUGCUAUGUAACAAUUGCUAAUCAUUCUGAAUUGUCAUUCACUUAUAUUUCUUCUCUGUUCCAUUCCAUGCAGAUUUGUUGGAAUCAAUGCCUCGGACAUCAACUACUCAGCAGGCCGCUACGACCCUACGGUGAAGCCACCGUUUGACGCCGGGUUCGAGGGCAUUGGCGAGGUGGUCGGACUCGGCCUGAGUGCCAGCGCCCGCUACACCGUUGGCGACACAGUGGCCUACUUUGCCGAUGGGGCCUUUGCAGAGUACACUGUGAUACCCAUGAUCAAGACCGUACCCGUACCUGCGGUGAAGCCAGAGUUCCUCACCCUGCUAUUAAGCGGCGCCACAGCCUACAUCGCCAUGAAGCGGCUUGGCGACCUGGCGAAGGGCGAGACAGUGCUGGUGACGGCCGCCGCUGGUGGCACAGGACAGUUCGCCGUGCAGUUUGCCAAACAGGCCGGCUGCCACGUUGUGGGCACCUGCUCCUCCAACGAGAAGGCUGGCUUCUUAAAGACCAUUGGCUGCGACAGGCCCAUUAACUACACGUCCGAGGACCUGGCCGCCACGCUGCGCAAAGAGUACCCACAAGGCCUGGACGUAGUCUACGAGUCCAUAGGAGGCAGCAUCUUUGACAUGGCGGUCAACAAUCUGGCCAAUAAGGGCAGGCUGAUCGUGAUCGGGUUCAUCUCAGGGUACCAAACGGCAUCAGGGGUCCCGACCGUUAAAGGAGGGACUCUGCCCGUGAAGCUGCUCCAGAAGUCAGCCAGCGUGAGGGGGUUCUUCCUACCUCACUUCCUGGCUGACUACAAGGAGGCGAUGGGAAGCAUGAUGCAGAUGUUUGCUAAGGGGAAGCUGGUGUGUGAAGUGGACUCUGGGGACAUGGCCCCCGAGGGUCGUUUUGUUGGGCUGGAGUCUGUCUUUAGGGCUGUGGACUACAUGUACGCUGGGAAAAACGUGGGAAAGGUGGUGGUUGAAGUGACUCCCCCCUCACUGGACAGUAAACUGUGAUUUGCCCUAAUGUGAAUGCACUGAAAUUCUCCAACAAAUCAAAUGUAUGUAUGUACAAUGAAACAAACAAUGAAAGUACAUAUGUUGAAGGCAAAUUACCUGAACUGUGAAAAUCUACUGUAAGUCUAAUAUAUUUUUGAACAGUUUAUUUCACCUAUUGAAUAUAAUAUUUUGGUAUUACUGAAAUGUUGUUCUGUUAGAGACAGUUCCUUGUUAAUGUUUUGAUGAUUGUAUUGAAUAAAGCAAAGCCAAAGUCCCAAUGAACAGGGAUCAUACUUGUAGAGUGAAGAUCGCUGGUGAACAACAAAGGGUAUCUCUGGAAAAAAAUACUGUACCCCUCUAGAUCAAAUGCCUCCCUCAUUCUCAUGCUAUCACA